ACAACCUUUUUCAUGGGAUUCACCGAGAAACAAAAUAUAAAAUAAUUUCUAUCGCUUUUUGUGAUAAGAGGGUACUUAAGUUACUGUGAGAAUAUUGACCGACUUCAUGCGGAUUAUUUGCGUCAUAUUUGCGUUGCGAGAAGCGGCAGGAACCGUAUGAUUUCGUAUUUAUUUUGCUGAUUUAAGAAACUUGAGCAGUUUAAGUUCGUUAGUUUAUUAGUAAUUAAAAAGUUAAAACUAUAAGAUGGAGGAGGAGGAUACGAAACAAUGUCCCAAUUGCAAGCGCGAGAUACCCUCAUUCAACUUCACAACGCACUCUGUGCACUGUGCGCGCAACCUACGCAACUGCCCCGUCUGCAAGGAGCCUGUGCCAAUGGCACAACUGCAGGAGCACCACGACGCGUUGCACAAAGAAGUGCCGUGUAAGAAGUGUGGCGAGAGCGUCUGUGGGACAGACCUUGAGGACCACAUACGAGAUUCCUGCGCUCAAACUAUCAAGCCAUGCAGAUAUUGCGAGCUAGAACUCCCACGCCACUCUCUACCCCCCCACGAGACGUACUGCGGGGCGCGCAGCGAGCAAUGCCCCGAGUGCAAGGAAUACGUCAUGAUCAAGUACCGGCAGCUGCAUUUGGACUCUAACCACGGAUUCAUUCGGCUCUCUGACGAUCCUGUGCCAAUAGAAAUAAAAGCAAAACCGAAACCCAUCACCAACGGCUUCGCAAACCCAUCCACCAGUCGUCAGAUCGAACCCAACAGAGUUAGACCUCAAACUGUCAUACCUCAGACCGGUCCCACUAGAUCUGACCUUAAAACCAUUAGACCUCAGACUGAGAUAAGAAACUUUCCAGGGUCAAGCCAAGACACUAGAGGUAGUGUUGUGAACGGGUUUAAUGGAGGUAGAAACAUAGAACAUAGAGCGAGCGAUAGUUCUAGAAACGAGAGAGCUGGUAUAGAUAGGGUAUCUAAUGUGGCAAGUGGGGAGAGGAAUGGGAAGGUGACGCUGAAGAGGACGAACGAUCAGCCGCAGAUUAAUACGAGUGUGGAGCCGAGAGAAAAGGUGCAUAAGGAACUACCGUCCCGCGGCGCCGUCAAGAAGCGUCCGGCGCCGCCGCCCCCCCUCCCCCCGGCCCCCCUCCCCCCGGCCGACCCCGCGCGUGACCUCCCUUACUGGAGCGCUCAAAAGCGAGCUCAGGACGAAGAACGCAAGAGGCAAGAACAAACUGCUUACAACCUUUCUGUCGGCCUCCCCCCCGUCCUCUCCCCGGCGGCCAAACUCGACAAGCUCCGCAAAAUGAACGCCCUCCACAACCGGGAGCUGGAAGAAGACUACAGUCACAAGCUGCGAGGCCGAGUAUGGCAACCCACCGAGUCUGAGGGCCAUAGACUAGGCGAGCCUGACAGAGUAGGCCGGGACGGACAGAUCGACGAUCUAAGCCACUUACGACCUAUGACUGCUCAACAAUUUAUGGACAGAUUUCAAGAGCUCCAACUAGGCGGCGAGCGUCGUCCCGCCACGAGCGGGGCCACGUCACCCGCGCGGGGCUCCGGGACCUGUCCGGGACGCGAGGCCACGUCGCCCGCGCGGGGCUCCGGGACCUGUCCGGGACGCGAGGCCACGUCGCCCGCGCGGGGCUCCGGGACCUGUCCGGGACGCGAGGCCACGUCGCCCGCGCGGGGCUCCGGGACCUGUCCGGGCCGCGCGGCCUCCAGCGGGGACCGCUUCAGCGAGAUCAAGUCCUCGUUAAGGGAGCUGCGACGAGGGCUCAACGAGGUAACGGCACCAUACAACUCUGCGUCAAAUGCUACCAGCAAUACUAACAUAGACAGCAAUCGAGUGUGCCCGCCGAGCCCGCCAGCCGACGCCGACGCCGACGGUGAGCUGCGGCUCCCGUGCGAGUUCUGCGGCGUCCCUAUACUAGCCGACGACUUAGUAUUACACCAGACUGGGUGCCGACCCGACUUAACCCAGUACCGGCCCAAGAAGUCCCCCCGCCCGCGCUCCCCGCGCUCCCCGCGCCCCCCGCGCCCGCGCACCGCGGCCGAGAUGGACGACCCCGUCAUACCGUGCGAGUUCUGCACCGAGUCGCUCCCCGUCUACCUUAUUAGUGAGCAUCAGGAGCGGUGUCGUCGAGAUGCGAACGUGUUAUACCCGGACUAAGACUAUGUUGACGUUCAACAUAUAGCUACUAAUACAUACUGUGGCUUUCCAUCACAGAAGGGCUUCAAUUAGUGCAAUAAGGAUGUUAUUGCAGAUGGAGGAUAAGGACCCUUCUCUGAUGGAAAGCCACAUACACUAUAUUGUGAAUUUCCAUUAGAGAAGCACAUUCACAUAAGGACGUUUCAUUUGCAUAAUGAACCUUUCCAUUAGAGUUGGGUUCUUAUGCACCAUUUACAUAAGGAACGUUUUACGUUUCCAUCAGAGAUGGGGUCCUUAUGCAGAUGGAGCAUAAGUAACCUUCUCUGAUGGAAAGCCACAUACGACUCAAUGCAUGACAAUUAUUUUUAAACUUCCACGACAGUAGUUUAAAUGAUUCUGAAUGCCAAAAUGCAUAAAAUAGUGCAUAUUGGAGUCGUAAAUAGCAAUCGUGAGAACUUCAUGUUUAAGUUGAAUAUAUAUGUAUGUAUCACUAGACUUAUAUUGACCGGGAUAUGGACCGUGAUUACCUUUUGUAUUAUUUGUGAGCUCCCGAUAUUUUGACGCAGUUACUUUAUUCUUUAUUCUUAUUCUUUAUUCUUUAUUCAAACAAACACAAGUAUAAGUUUACAGCGACCUACGCCAAGACACUUAUACUGUUAAUACAUAGUCAGUAUCAUGAACAUGUAUACAUUUUUCGAACUACGAGUAUCUCUAGGAACUUAAAUUAAACAUACAUACUACAAAGUUACAUAGGUAGAGUUUAAAAAAAUCCUGACACUACUUUGUAAUUUGUCACCCGGGUCACCCGUGAACAUGAUGCAUGUAACUGCGUCGAAAUAUCGGGAGCUCACAAAUAAUACAAAAGGUAAUCACGGUCUAUAUCCCGGUCAAUAUAAGUCUAGUGAAACUAACCGUGAAUCAUUCAAAACUCUAAUAUGUAUGUAUGUUAAUUUGACAGCUGAUGUAGACGGCCCUGUAAAUUAUACGUAAAUAGCCGAGUCCACACAGAGCGAGCAUACGCGCGAGGCAAUUUCAUCGCGCACAAUACGGCCAGUGUAGACGUGCCGCGCGCGCCGCCUCGACCGAGGCACGUCUACACAGGUCGUAUUGUGCGCGAUGAAAUUGCCUCGCGCGUAUGCUCACUCUGUGUGGACCCGGUUAUAAGGUUAACGUUUAUUUAUGAUAUAGGAGGCAAACGAGCAAACGAAUCGCCUGAUGGUAAGCGAUUACCAUCGCCCAUGGACACCUGUAACACCAGAUUGUUUGUAAGUGCGUUGCCGGAAUUUACAAUGGGAGUACGCUCUUUUCUUGAAGGUUUGUCAAUGCAUUUACCAGAAAGCGUAUAGAGUCCGUUUAAAGUAACUUUACCCCUUACCUCGUGUUUAAAAAAAAUUAUUUGUUUAAUUUUAAGCUUUAAUAGCUAUAUUUUGUCAAAGGACUGUAUCAUUUCACAGAGAGAAUCAUACUAUCUUUGUCUUACACUAGUACUAGCACCCAAAAGAAAAGGAUGAUUAUAGCUUUUUUGUUCUUAUUUACUGCCAAUUUGGUUUGACCAACUAUAUCAAUAAAGUUGAGUAUUAUAACUGCCAUAUAUGACUGCGUAUGCGGUGAAGCCUAAAGGGUUAAAACAGAACAAAGUGAGCGAUUGUCAUUUUAAACGUCAUAUUUUCAUAGAAAUUUGACAUCAAUGAAGACAUGGCCACACUUUGCCAUUGCAAAUGCCAUGCAGAGUUAGUUUGGUCCGAUUCUAGUGCAAUCUUCUGACAUAUUUGCGGCUACAAUAUUAUUGCACUAUUAUAUGCGUUUUAGUAUUAUUUCGAUUUAUGUACAUUAUUACCUAUAUUUUUAUUUGUUUACUUAUAAAACCAACAAGUUAAUUUUAAUCUUUAUAAUACAUAAUGCCUACUGUACAUUUUGUUCGAUAGCGUGACGCGAUGUACGCGUUUACGUUAAGUGUCAUUUUGUAUGGGAUUUUGAGUUUCCAAAACGUCCCGCUUGGCGCGCUGUUCAAUAUCCCAUACAAAAUAUCUAAUCUGCUUUUUAUCGAUUUCCCAUACAAACUUCCACCCCCCUUUUCACCCCCUUAAAGAAUGAUUUCUGAGAUAAAAACUACCCUAUGUCCUUCCCCGGGACUCAAACUAUCUCUAUACCAAACUUCAACUAAAUCAGUUCAGCGGUUUAAGCGUGAAGAGGUAACAGACAGACAGACAGACAGACACACUUUCGCAUUUAUAAUAUUAGUAUGGAUUGGUAUUACUCUAUAAAUACGAUCGCAUAUAAUAAAACCGUUUAUGAGACCUUCUAAUUGUAAGUAAUCAUAUAUUUAUUAAAUUGACCCCAAAAUGCGCCAGUAAAGUAAGUAAAAAAAAUAUCUUAGAUCUUUGUCUCAAAUAUCAGUCCUUUUGAUGUAUACGUAUUUGUACUUUUUUAGUUACUGAUAUGUGGCUUUCCACACAGAUAGGUCCUUAUGCUUCAAUUGCAAUUAGGACCUUUUUAUCCUAAAUUCCAACAUAGAUUCUGAUAGAAUGAUCCUUUUGUACAUGAAGUAUGAAGAACCUUAUCUUAUGGAAAACCACAUAUCUUUGUUAUUUCAAACUGUGUCCUCAUUUGAGCAGCCACUGUGAAUGCAUUUAUUAUUGUAGCUGACGAGGCAAACGUCAUUCUCAAAAUGUCGCGAGUAUUUACGAAUAUACAAGGCAUUUUUCAGUAAGGCAUUUGCGACGCAAGUAACUGUUAACUGCUCAAAUAGAGACAUAGUUUUAGUAUAAUUAAGAAAAAAAAACAAUCAGUCUUUGUGAUUGGUCAAAUGACUAUAUUUUUCGUAGGCUAUGAAUAUUUAGUAAAAAAAGUGCCAAGCGUAAAACGCAUUUUAGAAUAUGACUAUAGGGUAUUGGAAAAUAUAUUUAGAUAUGUAUGUAUAACAACUAUUUUUCAAAAGAUAAUAUAAGAAUUGACUGUUUUCUGUUAAAUCUUUGUAAUAAGUAUAAUUUGUGCUGUGUUGCUAUUAUUCUAAUUGAUAAUUUCUAAUGUUGCUAUUAUAUUCCAAAAUAAAUAAAAUA